CUCUGGGUCGGGGGGCAUUCCCGGAAGGCAGCGUGGUCCCGGGAGAAUGCGGGACGGCAAAGGCAUUCCGGGCGAAGGGCGGAAGCGGGCUCGCACCGGGGCCAGGCCCUUGCGGCUUGGAGGAGCGCGGAGGAGCGGGAUGUUGCAUGUUGUCUCCGUAAGGCAAGGCCGAGCAGUUUCCAGAUGGAUUGAGACUUGCUUCCGUUCUUAAGCUCUGCUUCCAGAAAGUCGGCUCGGCUGUAAUGAGUGAAGUGGGAGGAGCCAGAGGAAGGUGGCUCCGGGGAUGGAGAGGGCUCAGGACAUGGUUUGGAGGUGGUGCUGGGCGUGUGAGGGUGUUCAGGGUGACUGCCAUGGGUCUGGCAUGAGGAACUGGGAGGCUGGAGAUGCCAUCUGUCACACUGGACGACAGAGGAAGAGCCAGACGAGGUUGGAGGCGCCCGAGGGACGGCUGGGCUCCGCAGGCUGAGCUCCGUCCCGCUGAGAUAACGCGUUUGAGAGUCAUGGGCAUGUGCGUGGUGUUCCUCACUCUCUGCCUGGUGCUCAUCGAGGUGCCUGCAUGUUGGAGGGAGGGCUGAGGGCGGGAAGAGUCCCAGAGCUCUCCGUCCGCAUCCACAGGGCUUAGGCAAGCUCACAUCUUUGGCCGUGGCCAGCACAGCUGGCUGAGGAUGGAGCACAGGAGCACUGCCUCGUGUCUUCUCUGCUCAGAGCCUGGGUGUUCCUCCAGAUCCUGUCCACCAUGGCCAGGCGUCCUCGGAGCAGCAGAGCUUGGCACUUUGUCCUGAGCGCAGCCCACCGAGACGCAGAUGCCCGGGCUGUGGCUCUGGCGGGGACCACUAAUUGGGGCUACGACUCGGAUGGGCAGCACAGUGACUCCGAUUCCGACCCUGAGUCCCCCACCCUGCCACCGCCCAUCCCCAGCGCCGUGCCUGUGACUGGGGAGUCCUUCUGUGACUGUGACGGCCAGAGUGAGGCCUCCUUCUGCAGCAGCCUGCACACAGCGCACCGUGAUUUUGACUGGGUGUGGGAUGACCUGAAUAAGUCUUCGGCCACCCUGCUGAGCUGUGACAACCGAAAGGUCAACUUCCACAUGGAGUACAGCUGCGGCACAGCGGCCAUCAGGGGCACCAAGGAGCUGGGGGAGGGCCAGCACUUCUGGGAGAUCAAGAUGACCUCCCCGGUCUACGGCACCGACAUGAUGGUGGGCAUCGGCACGUCAGACGUGGAUCUGGACAAGUACCACCACACAUUCUGCAGCCUGCUCGGCAGAGACGAAGACAGCUGGGGUCUCUCGUACACGGGUCUCCUCCAUCACAAGGGCGAUAAGAUGAGCUUCUCGUCAAGGUUUGGCCAGGGCUCCAUCAUUGGCGUGCACCUGGACACCUGGCACGGGACGCUCACCUUCUUCAAGAACAGGAAGUGCAUAGGCGUGGCGGCCACCAAGCUGCAGAACAAGAAGUUCUACCCGAUGGUGUGCUCCACGGCGGCCAAAAGCAGCAUGAAGGUGAUCCGCUCGUGCGCCAGCAUGACCUCCCUGCAGUACCUGUGCUGCCACCGCCUGCGCCAGCUGCGGCCUGAUUCUGGGGACACGCUCGAGGGGCUGCCCCUGCCGCCCGGCCUCAAGCAGGUGCUGCGUCACAAGCUCGGCUGGGUCCUGAGCAUGAGCUGCGGCCGCCGCAAGCCCCCAGCACCAUCCCCCGUGGCCACCUGCGCAAGCGGCCCCGAGCCCCGGCCCCACCCACGGAAACGCUGCCGACGGACCUGACUGCUUGCCGGGGGACGCGGCCUUCCCUGGGCCUGGGGCCGCCUGCUCCACGCCCCUUCAGACAACUCCAGAGGGCAGACUCACACCCAGGGCAGUCUUGGCCAGUAUGGGCCCCUAUGGCCCCAGGAGCAUCAGCCUUUGGUGUCGUGCAGACAGGGCCAGCCCGGCUCUCCUGGACUGACUGGGCCGGAGGACAUGGGCAGAGGCAGCCCCCAUGCUCGCUCCCAGCCCAUUUGUGUCCUUCAGCUGCUCGUGCAUGUUGUCAGCUGCUGUCCCUCCUGUCCCAGGCCGAAAUGACCCUAAUAAACUUAGACUCUA